AUGUUUGAGACUCGUUUCGCAGUUAUGAAGUUGAUGAUUGUGAUGAUGGUAUUCAUCGGGCGGGCAAACGCAGCCGUCUUAGGCUCUUACGGAGCGGAUCCGAGCAAGGUGUCGGUCAGCGGGGUGUCAUCAGGGGCCAACAUGGCCGUCCAGCUACAUGUCGGCUUCUCCUCCACCUUCAUGGGGGUUGGUGCCGUGGCUGGAGCGCCUUACUACUGCGCACAGGGCAGUGUACUGAGAGCGACCACGUUGGAGUGUUCCACCAAAGGUAAUCCAGCCAAUGUCGACAUACCCUACUUGAAAUCCAAGACUGAGUCUUAUGCUUCUUCUGGCAAAGUGGACGCCACGAGCAACAUGGCGUCGGACCGAGUCUACAUCUUCAGUGGAACUCGAGAUGAAGUCGUACAAAGAGGUCUUGUGGGAAAACUUGUAGAAUACUACAAGGGUUUCGUCCCCGCGACAAACAUCAAGACUGUGUACAACGUGCCGGCUGGUCAUGCCUUCAUCACUGAGGACUACGGAUCGAGUUGUGGGAGUAACUCCUCACCGUACAUUAACGACUGUGACUACGACCAGGCGUUUGAAAUCCUGAACCACAUUUAUGGCAACCUGCAGCAACCUACCAGCAGCACUACUGCAAACGGACAGUUACUGUCCUUCUCACAGUCCGAGUUCUUCCCCUUCUAUUCUUCUCUCUACCGUCCUAUGGCCUACACGGGUUAUGUCUACAUACCGACCGGAUGUGUAUCUACACAAAACUGCAAGCUACAUGUAGCUUUCCAUGGAUGUUCACAGACAACACUUUCGAUCGGCGAUGACUUUUACACGAAAACCGGUUAUAACGAGGUAGGGGAGCUGAACAAUAUCAUCAUCCUGUAUCCCCAAGCCUUGAUCAAUACGUGGCUGGUCAACCCCUUGGGUUGCUGGGACUGGUGGGGCUACAAGGAUAGCGACUACGGUAAGUCUGUACACAUUUUGCUCUUUUGGUAGCCAACCGUGACCUUAGUACCACACGCGUAUAAAUAUGGACCUUUUAUAUCGUAUCAUCCACCACAAUAUCAUUGAACGUGUUCCCGUGGACAUAACGGUUUAUGUGAGCGUCUGCAUAAAUAUAUCAAGUCCAAUCUCAAUUCAAUCUCCAUGUUAACUUGCUUAACUUA